CCGGCGGGGCGGCCGCUGCGCUCCUGCGGCAGAAGAGGGCGGCGCUGCGGCGCAGGGGGUGCAGCUUCGAGAGCCCCAGUACAGCACUGCAGCCUCCAGGCCCACUGAUGGAUCCGCUGACGAAAGGGUCCAGUGGGAGUCAGAUGGCACAGACCCUUCUAUGGAAAGCCAAGUCGUCUCUCUCCUUUGGCAUCCAGCCCCUGCAGACGUGGCCAACAAAAGACCCUGAAGUAGAGGCCCAGGUCAACCUCUCUGUCUCGGAAGACCUAGGCUGUAGACGUGGGGAUUUCAGUAGGAAACAUUAUGGAUCUGUGGAGCUGCUUAUUUCUAGUGAUGCCGAUGGAGCCAUCCAAAGGGCUGGAAGGUUCAGAGUGGAAAACGGCUCUUCAGAUGAGAAUGCAACUGCUCUGCCAGGCACUUGGCGAAGGACAGACGUGCACUUAGAGAACCCAGAAUACCACACCAGAUGGUAUUUCAAGUAUUUUUUAGGACAAGUCCAUCAGAACUACAUUGGAAAUGAUGCAGAGAAGAGCCCCUUCUUCCUGUCGGUGACCCUCUCUGACCAAAACAAUCAGCGUGUCCCUCAAUACCGUGCAAUCCUUUGGAGGAAAACAGGUACCCAGAAAAUAUGCCUUCCCUACAGCCCCACAAAAACGCUCUCUGUGAAGUCCAUCUUAAGUGCCAUGAAUCUGGACAAAUUCGAGAAAGGCCCCAGGGAAAUUUUUCAUCCUGAGAUACAAAAGGACUUGCUGGUUCUUGAAGAACAAGAGGGCUCUGUGAAUUUCAAGUUUGGGGUUCUUUUUGCCAAAGAUGGGCAGCUCACAGAUGAUGACAUGUUCAGCAAUGAAAUCGGAAGUGACGCUUUUCAAAAAUUUUUAAAUCUCCUGGGUGACACCAUCACUCUCAAGGGCUGGACAGGCUACCGUGGAGGUCUGGACACCAAAAAUGACACCACAGGGAUUCAUUCUGUUUAUACCAUCUACCAAGGGCAUGAGAUCAUGUUUCAUGUUUCCACCAUGUUGCCAUAUUCCAAAGAGAACAAGCAGCAGGUAGAGAGGAAGCGCCACAUUGGAAAUGACAUCGUCACCAUCGUGUUCCAGGAAGGGGAGGAACCAUCUCCUGCCUUCAAGCCUUCCAUGAUCCGCUCCCACUUUACACAUAUUUUUGCCUUAGUGAGGUAUGAUCAGCAAAAGGACAAUUACAGGCUGAAAAUAUUUUCAGAGGAAAGCGUACCACUGUUUGGCCCACCCUUGCCCUCCCCACCAGUGUUUACAGACCACCAGGAAUUCAGGGACUUUUUGCUAGUGAAAUUAAUUAAUGGUGAAAAAGCCACUCUGGAAACCCCAACAUUCGCCCAGAAACGUCGACGAACUCUAGAUAUGUUGAUUCGAUCUUUAUACCAGGAUUUGAUGCCAGAUUUGCAUAAGAACAUGCUUAAUAGACGAUCUUUCAGUGAUGUCUUACCAGAGUCGCCCAAGUCAGCGCGGAAGAAAGAGGAGGCCCGCCAGGCAGAGUUCGUUAGAAUAGGGCAGGCGCUAAAACUGAAAUCCAUCGUGAGAGGGGAUGCUCCAUCAAGCUUGGUGGCAGCGGGGAUCUGUAAAAAAGAGCCCUGGGAGCCCCAGUGUUUCUGCAGUAAUUUCCCUCACGAAGCCGUGUGUGCAGAUCCCUGGGGCCAGGCCUUGCUGGUUUCCACUGAUGCUGGCGUCUUGCUAGUGGAUGAUGACCUUCCAUCAGUGCCAGUGUUUGACAAAACUCUGACCGUGAAGCAGAUGCAUGUGCUGGAGGCCCUGGACCUUCUGAUUUUCAGAGCAGACAAAGGAAAAGACGCCCGCCUCUUUGUCUUCAGGCUCAGCGCUGUGCAGAGGGGCAUCGAGGGCAAGCAGGCCGUGAAGGGCAAAUACGACUGCAGAGAAAACAAGCUGGAGAAAACCAAAGGCUGCCACUUGUAUGCCACUAACACUCACCACAGCAGAGAGCUGAGGAUUGUGGUUGCCAUUCGGAAUAAACUGCUUCUGGUCACGAGGAAACAUAGCAAGCCAAGCGGGGUGACCGGCAUGUCACUGUCAUCUCCCCUGUCCGAGUCACCUGUUGAAGAAUUCCAGUACAUCAGGGAGAUCUGUCUGUCCGACUCUCCCUCGGUGAUGACCUUGGUAGAUGGGCCAUCGGAAGAGAGUGACAACCUCAUCUGCGUGGCUUACCGGCACCAAUUCGACGUGGUGAACGAGAGCACGGGGGAGGCCUUCAGGCUGCACCAUGUGGAGGCCAACAGGGUUAAUUUCGUUGCAGCUAUUGAUGUGUACGAAGACGGGGAAGCCGGUCUGCUCCUGUGUUACAACUACAGUUGCAUCUAUAAAAAGGUUUGCCCGUUUAACGGUGGCUCUGUUUUGGUUCAACCCUCUGCGUCAGAUUUCCAGUUCUGUUGGAACCAGGCUCCCUGUGCGAUUGUGUGUGCAUUCCCCUACCUGCUGGCCUUCACCACCGACUCCAUGGAGAUCCGCCUGGUGGUGAACGGGAACCUGGUCCACACGGCCGUCGUGCCUCAGCUGCAGCUCGUGGCCUCCAGAUCGGAUAUAUACUUCACAGCAACCGCAUCUGUGAACGAGGUGUCAUCCGGAAGCAGCUCUAAGGGGGCCAGUGCCCACAAUUCUCCUCAGACACCCCCGGGCAGAGAUACUCCAGUGUUUCCUUCUUCCCUGGGGGAAGGUGAGAUUCAGUCCAAAAACCUGUACAAGAUUCCACUCAGAAACCUGGUGGGCCGAAGCAUCGAGCGGCCUCUGAAAUCGCCCUUAGUCUCCAAGGUCAUCACCCCACCCACCUCCAUCGGCAUCGGCAUCGCGGCCAUUCCAGUCACUCACUCCUUGUCCCUGUCCCGCAUGGAGAUCAAAGAGAUAGCGAGCAGGACCCGCAGGGAGCUGCUGGGCCUCUCCGAUGAAGGCGGACCCAGAGCAGAAGGAGCACCAAAGCCCAGGCCAAAAGCCCGGAAGCGGGUGGAAGAAAACCAAGGAGGCCCUAAAGCAGGGACGUUGAGGUCAACUAGCAGCGAAAGGAUCACGUCGAGCUCCUUGGAAAGUCCUUCCACUUCCACUUCCGAAGCCAAUCCCGAGGCGCGUUACCAGUCGACAAGCUCCGACCCAGACCCUGUGGCUGAGCGAGAAGGCAGCCCAGUCUGGGGCAGCAGCCCCUUUCAGCUCACAGCUUCCUCGGACGAAGACAUUAUUGACUUGAAGUAAACAGAGUCCCAGUCGAGUUUACCAUCUUUAAUUUUCUUAUGGAGGUUUACACUCUUUAACCAGUUCCGACAUCAGUUCUCAACAAAAUGUGGCUUUUAGCCUGUCCGUGGUCUACUGGACCAAACCUUCUGCACCCUCGGCCAGUUUGGGUCACGCUCCAAUGUCUGGUGCCAUCUUAACCUUUGUUUUUUUCUGUUCAGGAACCAUCAGUACCCUUGUAAUUAAAGGUGGUAGAUUUCAUUGAGGUUUUAGAUUGAAACUUUGAAUAAAUCAAAAAUGUUCAUUCUUAUUUACUGCAACCUUCUCUUAUAUUUUAUAUACUUAGAUGGAAAAGUUAUUUUUUCAUUACAGUUUUGUUUUGUCACAUACUGUGUUUCUUUUAUAAAGAAAAGCCAUUGCUUUGAAAAUUUAUUAUAAAUAAGUUUUCUUUCUGCACCUUUGGCCCCUGUUGCUGUUUCAGUUCACUGUGAUUGGAACCAGCUGCGUUUCUGCCUACAGACUUUUGAGAAAAGCUGAAUUUUUAGAUCUUCAAAACUCCUGCUUCUUUCUCUUUGUGUCUCACAAAAAAUA